CUUUUUCUGUCGCCGAACGGCGCCCGUUGGACCGAGGGAGACAGGCGCCUCCCCGUACCCUCCCCCGCCGCCUCCACAGCUGGCUCCUCUCACCCAUGGAAGGCCCAGGGGGCGGCGGGGACUGCAGCGGUGGCUCUCCGGAGCGGAGGACGGGGACCGGCAAAGAUCUUUUCUCAAAUAUCUGGUUAUGGAGAGGUGUUGCUGGAGCCCUUGCUACUGCUGUCACUUUGAUUUUGUGUUUUCAGUUUGCAAACCAUUCUUCGACCAAAGAUCUUCCUGUUUGUCCUUCCCUGGAUCUCUGUCCAUCAGGUUGGCUGUAUUUCCAGAGGAAAUGUUACUACCUCUCGGACAGUGAAGCCAACUGGAACUCCAGCCAGAGCCUCUGCUCUUUGCACAAUGCUUCUCUCCUGGUGAUUGAAAAUCCUCAAGAACUGAGUUUUAUGGUGAAGAUAACAAAGGAAGACCCGUGGAUUGGACUCUAUAAAAGAAAUGAAGAGUUCUUUUGGGUAAAUGGGAAAGCAUUAGACAAUAAAAUGAUUGAAGUGAAAGGCUCUGGAAACUGUGCCUAUCUUGAGUCAAAAGGAGUCUCAGCCUCUGGAUGUUAUUUAACCAGGAAGUGGGUCUGUAGCUUGAGUUUAGCUACAAACUAAUACAGGUUUCUACACCUAUAUAGGUUUAUACACCUAUAAAGGUGGAUGGAGCCGCCACCCCUGACACUUAACUGCUGUGAUAUGAUGCCCACACAGGCUAUGUCUGUGCUCUGGGUCCUGGGAACACAUCUCAGCUCCUGCCUGGAGGUGAAUGACUUUUCUGGUAGCCAGAAUUCUCCACCCAUGUAGGAAGCUUCUGUUUUUUAAGGGUACCAUUUAAAAGGCUUGCUUCAUCAUCUUGAUAAGUCUUUUCCCUUGCCCCAUUUUCCUCGCUAUUGCUCAGCCUGUGGUUUCUUUCUGUUGUGUUCAUCAGUAUUACUUCCACUAACUCUUCUCUUACAGGAUCCUAAGCAGCUGCUCUUUCUUUUCCUUUUUGGUGUGCAGCUGGAGGUAUUUACUAUGUUUUUUUCUCGGCCAGGCUCUGCGUGCGAGGGUGAUUUGCGAAGGGGGUCUGCUUGAGGGUCUCCCAGGGCCUCUCAGAUACAGGGUGAUGCAGAAAUGAGAGCUGUUGUUGUAGACAGGGUCAUUGCAGAUUUUGCUCUCCCUGUUUGACGGGGUGCAUCUUGUGUGACUCUGUAUUGUGUUCAAUGUUUUGCUAGUGUUAUUUUACAUUAAUCUUUUUAAAUUAGCUUGACAGUAUUAUAAUUGGUAUUUGUGUAGCUGCACUGCAGCUGAGGUGGUUCUUCCCACAGCAUUUAUAUUAGCAAAAAAAAAAAAAAGUCUGUAGACAGAAUAGAAUAUUUAUUUACCUGAGCAUCUGCACUGAUGGGGGAAAAAGAGUUUGAACUGAAAAAGUAAUAGUGAAGCUUCAGGCAUUAAUGUUGUAAAGUUAGAAAUAGUCCUCUGUGUGAAUGGGCAAAAUCACGAGUAGGGAAUAAGAGAAUUAACAGCACAGGAUGUUUCUCUGUGGUUUCCUUAUGUUCUGUGCCUGUUGGAGCACGAGGCUUCUGAGCAAGCAGUAUUACGUUUCUGGAUGGACAAUGAGUGUUUUCUUCUGCGCGCCUAUAAUUUUCAGCAGCAACACCCAGCACUGUUGUGUCACCGUGAGCCUGAGCAGAGUCAGGGCACAGCCCUGGUGGGCUCUGUUCACUCAUGUUUAGCAGGUAACCUGAAGAUUGAAAGUGCCAUUUGACCCCGAGGAAGCAAACCAGCUUAUUUUCCCCAUAGGACUAUUCCUGCCGGGUUUCUAGAGGAGGAAGAAUGGGAAAUCCACAUGCAUAGCAGGGCAAAAUACUUCCCUCCCUGGAAUAAAAUCUGGAAAAUUGGUGUUCUUGUCAUCUGGGUGUUAUGGAGAGGACUAUGAACUCCACAGGUCUUCUUGAAGGAGUAAGUGGAGCCGGUAUUGGAGUAACCACUAGAGCGCACUGUAGUUUCAGGGAAGGGAAGAUAAAUAAUUGUGUCUUCUCCUUUUUUUAAGAAUGUAAAAUUGCACCAUGUUUGACAGGUUAUUUGGAGUGUUGUUGGUUCGUUGGGUUUUUUUGUCCUAUCUGGUAAUUAUUUUUGCCCUCACUGUGUUUUUAUGCAAAUUCAGUUGUUGUCUAGUUUUGUUCAUGUCUUGUUGAUGCCUUCAUUAUUUCCUGUGUCAAUUGGAUUUUACUGUAACAGGACCAUGCAAUAUGGAGAUUGUUAACAACUUGUGACUUUAAGAUGUUUAUUUAUAUAUGGUCACUAAUUUUGCAGAACUACACUUUUUGUAAUUGCUUGUAUUCUUUAUAGGCACAGUAACAGAACUCUACGGUAUGAAUAGCUUAAUAAUCUAUGUGUUAAUUUAUAUGUAACUAUUGGGGGGGUAGAGGAAGGUAGUCUGCAACGUUUUUAAAUUAACUCACUCUGAAGGAUGUGGUACGUGCAAUAGUCCUGAAAGAUAUGCAAUAAAUAUCUUUACAGAGCCUCUGAA